UUAUUUCUAAAUCUCCAGAGCAAAAUCAUGUAAGUGGAAAAGAAAAAUGCCAAGAAAUUUCCGUCACGAACUUACGUGACGAUCGACAAAAUGAAACUAACGCUGAGGAACCUGAUGAAAUUGAACCCAUUAAAAUUUCCAAUUCAUCAAGCUCUAAACCAUCUCAAGAAAAUGAUCAAGAUGAGUCAAAGACUCGAAGCUCUGCUUCCUCGGAAUUAUCAGAAGCUGAG